AGCAUUUAUGACUCGUCCCACAGCAGCCAACUUCUGUUUUAGUUUCUGAGUUGUAGAGAGCAGUCGCGGGCAGAGCACGAAGCUGACGUGGUUUCCCCCUCGCGCUCCUUUUUAAUGUCUUCAGUCUGGUUUAAGAAGCAUUUUUUGAGAAACGGAUCCACAACAAACCCAGGGAAAGCCGAGUCCCUCGGGCGGGGGGUGGAGCAGCAGCUGCCAGCUGCCUCGCUGUACAGGAGGCCCAAGUUCCUGCGCGGAGUCUGCUCCGGCGAGAGGCUUCCAGGCAAGCGGCCUAUUUACUGCCCACCCCGGGACAGGCCACUGCAGUGGGGGACGGGCUACGCGGAAGUCAUCAAUGCAGAGAAAUCGGAGUUCAAUGAGGACCAGGCGACAUGCUGUCAGAUAUCCAUCAGGAGGAGGGAGAUUGGCAUGAAGGAGGAGCAGGACUGGAUGAUUCUUUGCGCCAAUCAGUAUCUGGCUGGUUAUUACUGGGCCCUGUUUGAUGGCCACGGUGGCCCAGAUGCAGCAAUAAUCGCCUCCAACUACUUGCAUUACUGCAUCAAGCAGAAGCUGGAGGAGGUGGUGGAAGGCAUCACUGAAGCCCAGCCCCCCAUGCAUCUGAGUGGCUGCUGCAUUUGCCCCAGCGACCCCCAGUUCGUGGAGGAAAAGCAAAUCCAGCAGGAAGACGUGGUCAUUGGAGCGCUGGAGAAUGCCUUCCAGGAAUGUGAUGAAAUGAUUGGUCAGGAGAUGGAAGCUACUAAUCAGUCAGGAGGCUGCACUGCUCUGGCUGCCCUCUACCUACAGGGAAAGCUCUACGUGGCUAAUGCCGGGGACAGCAGGGCAAUCCUUGUUCGGAAACAAAGUGUAGUGCCUCUGAGCAGUGAGUUCACUCCAGAGACAGAGAGGCAGAGAAUCCAGCAGCUGGCCUUUCUCUGCCCCAAGCUCCUGGCAGAUGAGUUCACCCGGUUUGAGUUUCCUAGGAGACUGAAAGGCGAUGACGUAGGCCAGAAGGUCCUGUACCGGGAUUACUCCAUGGCUGGCUGGGGAUACAAGACAGUGGAGAAAGCUGACCUCAAGUACCCUCUUAUCCACGGCCAUGGGAAGCAGACACGCUUGCUGGGGACCCUGGCUGUGUCACGAGGGCUGGGGGAUCAUCAGCUGAAAGUUAUUGACACGGACAUCGAAGUCAAGCCAUUCCUCUCCUACAUCCCCCAAGUGAAAGUGUUUGACUUUGCUUCGCAUAACAUUAAAGAAGAUGAUGUCCUUGUCCUGGCAACUGAUGGCCUUUGGGACAUUCUGUCCAAUGAAGAGGUGGCCCAGACUGUCAGGAGCUUUAUUGACAAAAACAGAACAGACCCAUACAGGUUUUCAGAACUGGCCAGGUGCCUGGUACACACAGCAAGGGGGAAGAAAAAUGGCCAUCAGUGGAUUUUGGAUGGCAACAGCCCGGCAUCCUACGAUGAUAUCUCUGUCUUUGUGAUCCCACUAUAUAACAGGGAUGAGGACUGUUAGUGUGUGUAUAUAUAUGAUUCAUAUAUCCAUGUUAUAGGUCAUUGAGGCCUGGUAUGAAUGACAUGUGCUUGACAUGAAUGCAUGCAUUGCAAGUUAGCAACCAAAGCAAGGACUUAAGGUCAAGGUCUAUUAGAACUCCAUACAAAAACAAUCUUAUGUUCUGAGAAAAAUAUGGAAAGUCAUCAGAAAAGAAAAGAAAACCAGAUGGACUAUGUAAAAUUGUAUAAGAAGUGGAGAAAAUGGCACAUCUUGGAUCAUGGCAGCCUGCCCAGAAUUGUCUCUUUAGAAUUGUGGGGGUAGAAGGCCUAGUAAACAAAGGCAAAGAACCAAUGACACAACAGAAUGGACAAAAAAUGGAUGCCUAUGAUUUCUGCAAAUCAGAGUUGUUUAUUGAUCCAGAGUCCCGUGUGGCUAGAGAUGUGGUUUUGCCAGCUCCCUACAGCUUAUGAUCUUAUCCUGAUGGAAGGAACCUUGCUCUAGCCCUCAGGACCAUUCUGACCUUUUGACUCUGGUAUAGUAUGUUUGGGGGUGUGAAUGUGGAAUGAGUAAGGUGGGUUUUUUUGUAAUCAAUGAAGAGCAUUUAGAGUAUCAUAUACCAAUCCUGGGUGUGGUAUCUGCUUUCUCCCCAUCCCGUAGGGAGACCUGUAUUAUGGGUCUAACAUUAGCAUCAUACAGAAGCUAUAGAACUCUUGUAUAAUAGGGUUUUAUGACUAAGUAGCAGUAAGAGAGACAGGUGUACUUCAGAGAGCACGGUUGUGUGCACACUUUCCAGUAAGAGGAAGAGUUACUGUAGUAAGACAGGUAUUGGAACAGUGCCAGCUUGAGCAGAAGAGAACUUUCCUUUUGCUCCACCCACCUACAAAACAUACUAGCCCACUGUACCAUUUCUGGCAUUAUACCUCUGUAUUACAUCCCCUCAUUCCCUAAUGACCUCACAAGAAUGGACAAGGUCAGAGGGGUUGUAUUGGAUGUCCAAGAACACAAGUUGUCCUUUUCUGAGGCUAACCCAAUGCAUGAUUUAAGUACACUACAGCAGGGUUAGGCUAAAAUGGGGAUUGGCUCACUGAGAAAUACCAAUGAACAUGGUGAUAAUUACCACGGCCUCUGAAAGAAGUUAGGUACAGUUAAAAACCUCACCCUUAAGAUGAAUCAUUAAACAACAGCAGGACAUCUCCAAAGGAGAAACAACCAGCUUAUUGUGCUACUAACUUCCUGACAGUACCUGUAUUUAACCCUUUCAAGAGAAGCCAGUCACUUACUACAAUUGCUUUCGUUCUUUAAUUCACAUGGAUUCCUUCUUUUAAGCAGUUCUCAGAGCUUGUCUACAGUUGAAAUGCUACAGCUGUAUCACUGUAGCACUUCAGUAUAGAAUCUCUCCCAUUGGCACACGUAGAGUCAUUUGCACAGGGUGGGUAGGGAGCGCAUAAGUUUUAUUUCUGGAAAGCUGGGGCUCAAGCAGACUAAACAGCAGCUGAGUUGUUUUUGGUGAAGGUUUGUAUACACGGCUGCAUUCUAUGAGGGCGUGUAGUCAGCUAGAGAUGGAUUCAUACCUUAUGUAUCAGGAGUUGGAGAUUUACAGUUCACUGGAAAAUCAGGAAAGCUGCUGGGAAGGACUGUAGUUCUAGGUGUGGGAACCAUGCAUAUCUGAGGCCUCCAAGUGCUGAAGCAACAGCACCAAGCUCCUCCAUAUCACUAGGGUACCCCUGCAGCCAAUGCUAUUUUAAACAGAAGAUGCUGUUUGGUAAAGGAGCCCUGAAUAAUCCAAUACAACAAAAUAAAC